GUAAUUAAUUUUAAUGUAACCCUAGAGCGUCAAGUUGUGGGACUCCGAGGCUACCCGAUGCCGCCUGUCGCUACUCUCGCGACCUUCAGCCUUCCCGUUGCGUUCUUUUAUUACUUCAAUGUCGGCGUCGGUAGCGGCUUUCUCGGCUUUCCCUACGUUCUCUUUCAUUCCGGCCUGCUGGCGGGCGUCGUCGCGCUACUCACCGUCGCUUUCUUUUCAGCAGUCACCGCAUUGUGGAUCGUAGAAGCGACAUUCCGAGGACAGGUUGUGUUACAUUCCGCACAAAACGACAGUGAGAGGACCUUCAGCUCGUCGUCCGAUCAUGAUGAUGAGAUGUCAAACAGAAAGCUAGAAAUCAACGAACUGUGUGCAUUAUUCGUCGGCAAUUGGGCGCGCGUUUUCUUCACCAUCAUCAUCUCUAUAUCCGUGCCACUCAUACUGUGGGCAUACGGAGCCCUUGCUGCCAGCGCCUGGUCGUCAAACAUUCCAUUCGACUCGUCGACGUUCGGACAAUGUGACGACGCUGACUUUCGAGGCCAUCAACGUCCGAGCAACGAGAGAUGUUGGAAUAGUUACGCUCUCUGUGUUCUCUUCUUUGGCUGCAUUGUCGUUCCAUUGUCGUGUAUGGAGAUCAAAGAGCACAAAGUCAUGCAGCUUGUUCUCGGGGCGGUUCGCUUUGUUAUGAUCGUUUCGAUGUCUAUCUACUCGCUUGUUGGUGAGAUUGAGCAUCUAGAGUGUGUAGAGACGAGGUCGUCACGUGCACAGCCCAACAGGACGGUCGAUGAAUGCAGAGAAGUGUGGACUUCGUUUCAUAUUGAGCGUUGGAUUGUGGUGUUUCCUGUCACGUCGUAUGCCUAUAUUUUGCACUUUGCUAUUCCAACUUUGAUGCAGCAGACUCGAGACAAGAAACGUUCAGGCGUACUGGUAAUCGCUGUUUUUGUGGUGACCACGUGUCUCUACGUGCUAGUUGGUGUGUCAGUUGCUGUCAGAUACAAAGAUCAAGUUGUGGAGACGUGCUCUCUCUCAUGGAUUCCAAUGACUAAGUCAAGCCAUUCUUUUAUUGAGAGGUCGUACGCGUAUCUUGUCGUACUGUAUCCGUCAUUGGACAUUCUGUCCGCCUACCCUCUCAUUGUCACCUUCCUGACCAACAUUCUUCUCGCUGAUUACAAACAACUAACAAAAACUCAACCGACAAAAUCAAUGCGCAUCGUCGGCCGUUUCAUCAUCGCCACCGUUCCUCUCAUCGGCGCUCUGUUUCUCUCCAAUCUCGUGCAAGUCACAACAUAUACGGGCAUUCUGAGUGUCAGCAUCUACCUACUUUCUGCUCUCAUUCAGUACAAAUCAAAACGAUUACUCUCUGCUAUGAAGACAAAAAACGAUUUAGUUACAAAUUGUAGUGACGACGAGGAACCAUUGAUAUCAACUUCUUUGUCAGUAAAGAGUCAAUCUUCGAACGUUUUUGGGGGUAACGUCAUGGUGGGUCUCUCUGUCGUGUUUGCAUUAUGGCUGGCAGCUGCUACCAUUGGCUCAUGGUUUGUAUGAAUAAGUAUUAGUAGUUAGUUGAAUGGUUUAUAGAUGUGGGCCUGGCUGAGUGAACAAAGGGCUGAGAUGGUGCUGCUAUUUCUUAGUAUUUUUAUUAAUAUUUAAUAUAAUUAA